AUGCCACAAGAGAGUUCUUGGCGGCCGCAAGAGGCGGGCGUCCAUCAGAUCUGUUACCUCUUGGCCCAGGUUCAGAAGCCUGGAACUGAUCAGGGACAGAUCUUACAACAAUUGGACCAAUGCAAAAGUUAUCCAGACUUCAACAACUAUCUGGCAUUCAUAUUUGCGCAAGGGGAUAGCUUGCCGAUUGAGGUGCGGCAGAGCGCGGGGCUGUUGCUGAAGAACAACUUGAAGGACCACUAUGCAGCAACCACAGAGGAGUUUCGCAAAUACAUCAAGGUGGGCAAGACUUAUACUUGCCUUCCAUGCUUCGGAGUCCCCAGCAAGCCCUUGCGGCAUGUUGUCGGCACAAAUGUGGCGGUAAUAGUGGGUGUGGGCGGGAUGCCCACAUGGCCGGAGCUGCUCAUGUCGAUAGUGCAGUGCCUGGAGAGCAAUGACCCCAAUGCCUUGGAGGGAGCGCUUGAUGCACUGUACAAGAUCUGUGAGGAAGCCCCUGUACAAAUGGAGAGCGAGGUGCCCAGCGAGCCGGCUGGCACCUCGCAGCGGCCCUCCAAUGUGCUUGUGCCGCGCCUGCUGGCCCUCUUCGCAUCCCCCUACGAGGAUGCCAAGUGCCUCUCGGUGUCCAUCAUGAACCUGCUGGCUGGAGGAUCUCCUUCAGUCCUCGCUGAACACAUGGACAGUCUGCAUGUGCGCAGGUAUCUUGCUGGGCUGUUUGCGCUGGCGCAUGAUCCUAGCAGCGAGGUUAGGAAGCCAGUGUGCACGGGCCUGGUGCAGCUGCUGCAUCUGCAGCCGGAGCGCCUGGUGCCGCACAUGCAUGAGAUCAUUGAGUACAUGCUCGAAUCCACCCAGAGCGGGGAUGAGGGGGUGGCUCUGGAGUCUUGCGAAUUCUGGUCAGCAUUUUGCGAGGCGGCUGUGUCUCAACCAGAGACACUUAGCCCAGAUGUGUUGCGGCCAUUCCUGGGCAGACUUGUUCCAGUGCUCCUGAAGAACAUGGUGUAUGACGAAUAUGACGAGGAAGUUGCUAAUGUGGAGGCAGCUGAAGAGGCUGCAAACAGUGGCAUUGUAGUAGAGGACAAGGAUGCAGAGAUCAAGCCCUUCCUUCCCAAGGGAGCCACAAGGGGUGAGGAAGGGGGUGAGGAUGACGAUGAUGGGGAGGAGGUGAACAGAUGGAACCUGCGCAAAUGCAGCGCGGCUGGGUUGGACGUUCUCUCCACAGUCUUUGGAGACGAGCUGCUGCCCAUCGUGCUGCCCAUCGUCGAGCAGAGACUCCGGGUGAGCUGUUGUCUUCCUGUGCGGCAGGAGGAGGAUUGGAGGGAGAGGGAGAGCGCGAUUCUGGCGCUGGGGGCGAUCUCGGAGGGCUGUGUGAGCGGCCUGCUGGGGCACCUGGCGGAGAUGGUGGGCGUGCUACUGCCCAAGCUGCUGGACGGGCGGCCCCUCGUGCGCAGCAUCACCUGCUGGGCGCUCUCGCGCUACUCCCACUGGGUCGUCCAGGCCGGCGCCGAGCACAACGGCCCCGGCCAGCAGCAGUUUGACACCGUCAUCGCGGGGCUGCUGACGCGGGUGCGGGAUAACAACAGGCAUGUGCAGGAGGCGGCCUGCAGCGCGCUGGCAACGCUGGAGGAGGUGGCCGGCCCCGAGCUGCUGCCACGGCUGCCGGCCAUCCUCAAAACCGUGGCCGCCGCGCUGUCCAUGUACGGGCGCAAGAACCUGCGUAUCCUGUACGACGCCAUCAGCACGCUCGCCGACGCCGUUGGCAACGCUCUAGCAGAGCCGGCGGCGAUGCAGAUCCUGAUGCCGCCCCUGCAGGAGAAGUGGACUGCGAUUGCUGACAACGACCGCGAUCUGCUGCCCCUCUUCGAAUGCUUCACCUCCCUAGCGCAGGCCCUAUGCAGCGCGUACGAGCCCUACGCGCAGGCGACCUUUGACAGGUGCAUGAAGAUCCUGACGAUGCAGCUGCACGCGCGCAGCGCAGCGGCCAACGGGCAGGCGCCGGCGAUCGAGCCGGAGCGCGAGUUCAUCAUCUGCUCCCUGGACCUCAUCAGCGGCCUCGCCGAGGGCAUGGGCCCUGCCAUGGAGGCGCUCGUAGCCCACUCCACCCUGCGCAACAUGCUUGUGCAGUGCUGCCAGGAUGUGUCGGCGGAUGUGCGGCAGAGUGCGUUUGCUCUGGUGGGCGACCUGGCCAAGGUGGCGCCCUCCCACUUUGCGCCCUCCAUAGGAGACCUGCUGGCACUGGGCAUCGCCAACCUGCAGCCGGCCAUGCUGCGCCAGGAGAGCAUGUCCGCCUGCAACAACGCCUGCUGGUCCCUUGGCGAGAUAGCGGUGAAGCUGAAGCCGGAGGAGCUGGCGCCGUUUGCGACGGGGAUCGUGGAGCGCCUGGUCCCCAUCUUGCAGAACAUGAACUCCAUGCCGCGCUCCAUCGUCGAAAACAGUGCGAUAACGCUGGGGCGGGUGGCGUGGGUGUGCCCUGGGCAGCUGGCGCCGCACCUGGGCCACUUCAUGGGCCCCUGGUGCAGCGCCCUGCGCAGCAUCCGCGACGACGUGGAGAAGGAGCACGCCUUCCUCGGCCUCUGCGCCCUCCUGCGCAUCAACCCCGAGGCGGCGCUGGGUUCAUGGGUGCCGCUGUGCGAGGCAGUGGCGUCGUGGCGCAUGAUCCAGGACGAGGGUCUCCGCAACGAGAUCAAUGUCAUCAUGCAGGCCUUCCGGGCAAACCUGGUGACUCAGUGGGACCAGUACUGGGGGGCCCUGGAUGUGCCUGUGCGGGAGAAGCUGGGGAUCAUGUGCGGCUUGUGA